AUUCUGGGAGAGAUCGCGGGGGAGCGCGCGCGUGAUAGGGGAAAAUUGGGGGCGUUUCGCGGGUUUUGCGGUCGCCGUGAGUGUGCGGUGCUUUGAUCCUGUGUUGUUGUAUCAGGUGACACCUCAGUGGUGUCAUUGUGCAUCUGCCUAAAUUAUCAUAGCUAGCUGAGCACUUUGUGUUUGUCAAAGGUGUGCGGUUGAGGUCGUCAGAUUGAAGUGGACGUUGAAGUUCAAGCGUGCAAACUGGGAGAAAGAGUUUGGCGACUAAGUGAUGGUGAUAGUGCUCAAGUGAGGUGGACAUGAUCUAAAAUUAAUUAUCUUGGUGCGGUUAGGGUGGUGGUCAACAGGCUCAGACAUUGAGUAAGGAUGCUAAGUUGAUCCCAGCCAGACUGAGACAGUAAAGAUGGGUGAGAUGUUGGCCUCGGCAGCAUUCCUCCAUAUGGGGGACAUUGUAUCCCUGUAUGCCGAGGGCAGUGUCUGCGGCUUCAUCAGCACCCUUGGGCUGGUGGAUGACCGCUGCGUGGUGCAGCCGGACGCCGGCGACCUGCAGUUUCCGCCCAAGAAGUUCCGCGACUGCUUGUUCCGCAUCUGCCCGAUGAACCGGUACUCUGCGCAGAAACAGUUCUGGAGCGCCGCCAAACAGGCGGCCUCCGGCACGGACACGUUCAUGAUCAAACGACUGCACCACGCCGCGGAAAUCGAGAAGAAGCAGAACGAGAGCGAGCACAAAAAGCUGCUGGGAACAAUAAUCCAGUAUAACAGCUGUAUACAGUUGCUGCACCUCAAGUCCAACAAGUACCUCACGGUCAACAAACGUUUACCGGCGCUGUUGGAGAAGAACGCCACGCGCGUCUACCUGGACGCUGCCGGCAACGAGGGCUCGUGGUUCUACAUCGCGCCGUUCUACAAGCUGCGCAAGGCCGGCGACCAGGUGGUGGUGGGUGACAAGGUGAUCCUGGCGCCGAUGGGCGCCGGCCAGACGAGCCAGGUGCUGCACGCGGCCGCCAACCACGACCUGCCCGACAACCCCGGCUGCAAGGAGGUGAACGUGCUGAACGCCAGCACCUGCUGGAAGAUCUCGCUCUUCAUGGAGCACAAGGAGAACCUGGACACGGUGCUGAAGGGCGGCGACGUGGUGCGGCUCUUUCACGCCGAACAGGAGAAGUUUCUCACCGUGGACGAGCACCACGGCCGGGAGGUGGUGUUCCUUCGAACCACCGGCCGCGCCACCACUACAUCGGCCACCAGCAGCAAGGCGCUCUGGGAGGUGGAGGUGUACAACGUGGACCGGUGUCGAGGCGGCGCCGGCCACUGGAACUCGCUGUUCCGCUACAAACACCUGGCCACCGGGCAGUACCUGGCGGCAGAGGUGGACAGCGACGACACGCCAGACGCCAACCGAGACAAACUCAGCGGCGGUGGUCCUGUGUACCAGCUGGUGCCUAUGCAGAGCUCUAACGACUUACAAACCAUCUUCGAGUUGGACCCGACGGUGUACACGCGUCCCGAGUCGCACGUGCCGCGCUCGUCGUACGUGCGACUGCAGCACUUCACCACCAAGGCGUGGGUGCACUCCACCUGCAUACCGAUCGACAAGGAGAGCGAGAGGCCAGUCAUGUCCAAGGUCGGCCUGGCUGCUGUCAAGGAGGACAAGGAGGCGUUCGCGCUGGUACCCGUGUCCGCACAGGAGGUGCGCGACCUGGACUUUGCCAACGACGCCUGCAAGGUGCUGCAGGGCUUCAGCGAGAAACUGGAGACCGGGAUGAUCACCAACAACGAGCGGAAGAUGGUGAUCCAGCUGCUGCAGGACAUCAUCUACUUUAUCGCCAUGCGGGAGACGGAGCAGAACCGUACCGACGCGCUGGACCUGGUGAUCAGACACCCGAACAGGGACCGGCAGAAAUUGCUCCGAGAACAGUCCAUCAUCGACUACAUCUUCAAAAUACUGAGGGUGCCGUCGUUCGGUGAGCAGCAGAACAGCGACGCGCCGUUCCUACGGCUGGACGAAUUGAGCGACCCGCGCCAUCUGCCCUACAAGAACAUCUUCCGGCUCUGCUACCGGAUACUGAGGCUCAGCCAGCAGGACUACCGCAAAAACCAGGAGCACAUCGCCAAGCAUUUCGGCUUCAUGCAGAAGCAGAUCGGGUGCGACAUUCUGGCAGAGGACACCAUCACGGCUCUGCUGCACAACAACAGGAAGCUGCUCGAGAAACACAUCACCGCCAACGAGAUCGAGACGUUCGUCGGUCUGGUACGUAAGAACAUGAACAAGUGGGAGCCGCGCUACCUGGACUACCUGUCUCACCUGUGCAUCUCCAACAAGGUCGCCAUCGCCGCCACCCAGGAGCUCAUCUGCAAGUCGGUACUCAGCCCCAAGAACUCGGACAUUCUCAUACAGACACGGUUGCAGCGUCAGCCGAUGGAGGUGGAGGUGGUGGUGGAGAACGGUGACGACAGCUCCGAGCCCGUGCUCACCGUGGAGGAGGUGGAGGACGUCGAAUUGGAGGGAGGGCACGGGCAGUUCUGUCGUCUGAUCUCUGAGCUGGCGGCCGGCGCGCGCAGCGGUAACAGCGAGGACCGGCACAUCCUCGAGUACUACCGGCACCAGCUGGACCUGUUCUCCAACAUGUGUCUGGACCGACAGUACCUGGCCAUCAACAGCCUGUCGCCCCACCUCGGCAUCGACCUCAUACUCAGGUGUAUGUCGGACGAGACGCUGCCGUUCGAGCUGCGCGCCUCGUUCACGCGGCUAAUGUUGCACAUGCACGCCGACCGCGAUCCGCAGGAGCAGGUCACCACGGUCAAGUACGCGCGGCUCUGGUCUGAGAUCCAGACCAGUAUGACCAUCAGCGACUACGACAGCAGCCGGACGCCAUCAGACAGCCGGGAGGAAGUGUGCGCCCGGUUCGGCUCCACCAUGGACUUUGUCGAAAACUACCUCUGCAACGUGGUCAACCGCAUGUGGAGCUUCUCCGACCCGGAGCAGAACAAACUCACCUUCGAGGUGGUUAAGCUGGCGAUGAAGCUGAUCUACUUCGGCUUCUACAGCUUCAGCGACCUCCUGCGGCUGACCAAGACGCUGCUGAGCAUCCUGGACUGCAGCACGGAGAGCCUGCACGGCGGCGACUCUCCAAGCAGCGCCGAGAUCAGCGGCAAGAGCGGUGUGCUGAAGUCUCUGACGGACAUGGGCCAGGUGAUGACACAGCUGACACUGGGCAGUAACGCCGCGCGCAGCGGCAGCCUGAGAAAGGCGGCUACCAAACGAGAGGACACGCUCGUGAUGGACAUCAAACUGAACAUCAUCGAGAUACUGCAGUUUAUCAUGGACGUGCGUCUCGACUACCGGAUCAGCUGCCUGCUGUCCAUCUACAAACGCGAGUGGGACAGCGUGUUCGGCGGCGACAGACCGGUGCGCGGACCGCGCGUGGACGAACGCAUCGCCGUACAGGCCGAGGACAUCUUCGGUGGCGGGUGA